AUGCAGCUCUCACCGCUGCAGUCGCGGCUCGCGGCGUCCGUCACCGCCACCGUCCUCCUGAUAAUCCUCUACCUCUCUCUCUUCAGACCUCAAUUCGCCUUAGCAGAAGAGAUCAACCAUGGCUCGCCUAUAAUAUUCGACGACGAAAUUGAUCUGGGCUCCCGAGCGGUCAGGGAUGCCUUGUAUGAGCCCGAGUUCCAUGCCUUUGAACGGAGUAUAUUAGGAAGGGCACCGGUCGUUACUCGGGACACGAUCGCAUUGACGAACAACGUGCCGACCAAGAUGAAUCUCAAUGCGGGCGACUCCUUAGUCUUUGUGUUCGAUAGCUCGCAGCUGUCGAGCAGGCAGGAGAACUGGCCGCUGGAGUUACGUGGGGAGCCUGAAACACCAGCAGGAGAAAAAGAGGCAACAGAUGGAGAGGGAACACUGGCAAAGAGGGCAUCAUCUGCGACGGUCUACUUGUCCGCAAAUACAUGUUUACAGCCCGCAGGAAACUCGACAACCACGGGAACGCCCCCUCAGUUGACGUUGUACGUGUCGACCUCGACAGACAACACAUCACCAGGGCCGUCCGCCGACUCAAGCCAACAGGAGGUUAGGACUUUCCAGAAAGGCGCUGUCAUGUUCAACCUGACCACAUCCGACAGCGUCUACGUCGGCGUGGCCGCGUCCAACAUGUCUAGCAACUUCUCCGGGAUCUACAAUGUUCAGAUAGCCGGCUCUGUGGAUGGAUGGUACCACAGCUACAACGAGACGAACACAGAGGAGCUCUUCUGGGUGGACAGCGACACCACGUCGGUCCUGCUGAUGACACAAAACCUGACGACCAGCCGGAACCACGAGGUGGAGCAGGAGGUUAUGGCCAGCCGGCCGUAUGUCAUGUUUGCGCAGAACGACAUCAACCCGUCUAUCAAGGGCCUAGAGAACUCGUACUGCGGCCUCAACAAUAAUGCCCAGAUCGCGGCGGUUAGAAACGGCCAGACCACAUCGCAAGUGACGACGGGAAUGACAAAGAGGGGCGCGGGCGGGUACCCGAAGCAGCAGUUCUACUUCAGUGGGCUGAACUCAAGCUCCAAGUACGUCGGCAUCCUGGCGAGGAAUGUGGACAAUUCCAGUGAUACCAAUGUUGUCGGAGGUGGUGGCUCAGUCUAUCGGACCACGCAAUUUGAGACCAAGUCGAGCUAUGGCAACUGCGCUCUGAUUUUCAACCUCACAUUCUGCGACCAAGUCGCCUAUGCCGUGCCCAGCAACAACCAGACAUUUCCUACCACGUCUGCCCUAGGCGCGUUCUACGAUGAUUACGCCCAAUCUCUCUACGACGGCUUCAACAAGUCCAUGACAAUGAUCCCCUGCGAGGCCGAGGACACACAGCAGUAUUCCCUGGUCCGCAACUGCAGCACCUGCCGCGCAGCCUACAAGGACUGGCUAUGCUCUGUGACCAUCCCUCGCUGCGAGGACUUCACUUCGACCGAGACCUUCCUGCAGCCGCGUGCUAUGAACUCCACCUUCCCGGACGGUAGCUCCCUCCCCCAGGACCUGCUGCUCCAGUACUCCCAGUUCACCCACCAGUUGAGCUAUCUGACCAGCCGAAACCCUCUGAUCGACACCGAGGUCAAGCCCGGCCCGUACAAGGAGGUUCUGCCGUGCGAGGAGCUGUGCUACGACCUCGUGCAGAGCUGCCCGGCCUCAUUGGGAUUUACCUGUCCAAGGCCAUGGAAUGUGGGGUUCAACACAAGCUACGGCACGAGGCUGGGUAGCAACGACGGGAACAUCACCUGCAAUUACCCUGGCUCGUUCCAUUUCUACUCGGGUGCGAGCAUGUUGACUGCAAGCUGGCUGCUGGCCACCGGAGUGACCUUGCUGGCCGUAGUUGCUGUUUGGUAG